AUGGUUAACAGGCCAUUGGACAUUAUGAUAAAGGUCCUGCUAUUCCUGCUCUCCCUAUCAAGUCUUGUGAAAGCUUUGGAUGAUUCCAUUGAUAAGAAUUCUGUGUAUACCAUAAACUACUUAAAUCAUGCCAUCUCACCCACCUCAGAAAAAAUAGUGACAUUAAGAUCAACGGACGAUCAAUAUUUUGAGUGUUUGUUUAAUGAUGAAAUUGAUACUGACCAGAAACUACAUCAAAAGCAGAUUCUGAAAACUCUUCCAGCUCAAUACAACUUGAGUGAAAUACCAGAACUUCAAACUGAAAUAAACUCUGCAUUCAAUAUACUUGAAAACUAUAACCUCAACGAUGCUCAGCCAACCAAGGACAGAUAUUGGACAUAUCAAAUAAUAAAUGGAAAAUUGUACCAAUAUAACGGGAACUUGCGAAUUGUCCUGGCUAAUAUACCCAAGAAUCUGACGAGGGAAGACAUAGUUCUGGAGAAGAAUAUGCACCAAUCGGUGUUUUUAUCACUCAGCUUACAAAACGGUGCCAUUUGUGAUUUGACUUUCACUCCUAGAAAGACAAAUAUACGGUUUCAAUACGUUAACAAGCUCAACACUCUAGGAAUUGUCUCCGCCGAUGAAAUACAGACCUGCGAAUAUGAAAUUCUUAUCAAUGUUCCUAAGUUCAAAGAUACCAUUUUUCAGUACGGAUUUUUGGAGCCUUUGAAGAAGAUUGAUUGCUACUCGAGUGAUAGCUCAAUGAUAAAUUUGGCAGACUACCAAAUAUCUGUCCUUUCCCAUAAAUGGUUCUUAGGGGCCAAAGAUUUCAGGUUGAUUUUGAUCACUGAUGUGUCUAACCCUCCCGUGAUAUCAAUAGAAGAACUGAAUCUCAUAUUUCAAACAUUUCCUAAAUACGGUCCCCCAGAGCUCGGGAUCACUGGUGAGAUUUCACCCCAUGACACUUUUAUCUUCAGAAUUCCUGUGUACAGCUACAAUAGGACAAAAUUCGGUGACGUACUGGUUGAGCAGAAUAUCAGGGGAGAGAAAAGGUUCCUAUUCACUGAAGACAGAAUACCUCAUGACACUCCAAACUUUAGAGUGUAUAACGGAGUUAAUGUGAAUUAA